GCUGCAACAACUCCGGGCUCGGGGCUUUGGCGGCGGCGGCGGCGCCUGCAGGCUGGGCUGCACGGUGCCGAGCCCGGCGCGCGGUCCGGGCUGCUGGGGCGGCGCGUAUGAUGCCUCAAAUGGAGGAGUCUCUGAGAAGCAUCUCUGGGCCAGUGGCUUUGAAAGGGAGCUCAGAGCAGAGGCUGUUUCCAGCCCUGGACAUCACAUCCUGAGGCCUACGGAGACAAGAGCAUGGCCAUGAACUUGGAUGACGACGUUCCCCUCAUCCUGACCUUGGAGGAGGGGGGCAAUGCCCCGCUGGCUCCUUUCAAUGGCUUGGGCCAAGAGGAGCUGCCUAACAGAAAUGGAGGCAGCUAUCCCGUCCCCGGCUCCCAGGCCUCCAGCCUGAGCUCAGAGGGCGAGAGUUUCCCCUCGAGCCCCACUGGACACAACUGGGAGAUGAAUUACCAAGAGGCGGCCAUCUACCUCCAGGAAGGCGAGAAUAACGACAAGUUCUUCACCCACCCCAAGAAUGCCAAAGCGCUGGCGGCCUACCUCUUCGCACACAACCACCUCUUCUACCUGAUGGAGCUGUCCACGGCCCUGCUGCUGCUGCUGCUGUCGCUGUGCGAGGCCCCUGCCGUCCCCGCGCUCCGCCUCGGCAUCUACGUCCACGCGACCCUGGAGCUGUUCGCCCUGAUGGUGGUCGUCUUUGAACUCUGCAUGAAGUUGCGGUGGCUGGGCCUCCACACCUUCGUCCGGCACAAGCGGACCAUGGUCAAGACCUCCGUGCUGGUGGUGCAGUUCAUCGAGGCCAUCGUGGUGCUGGUGCGGCAGACGUCCCACAUGCGGGUGACCCGGGCGCUGCGCUGCAUUUUCCUGGUGGACUGUCGGUACUGCGGUGGCGUCCGGCGCAACCUUCGGCAGAUCUUCCAGUCACUGCCACCCUUCAUGGACAUCCUGCUGCUGCUGCUCUUCUUCAUGAUCAUUUUCGCCAUCCUCGGUUUCUACUUGUUCUCCCCUAAUCCUUCAGACCCCUACUUCAGCACCCUGGAGAGCAGCAUCGUCAGUCUGUUCGUCCUCCUGACCACAGCCAAUUUCCCAGACGUGAUGAUGCCUUCCUACUCCCGGAACCCCUGGUCCUGCGUCUUCUUCAUCGUGUACCUCUCCAUCGAGCUGUACUUCAUCAUGAACCUGCUUCUGGCCGUGGUGUUCGACACCUUCAACGACAUCGAAAAACGCAAGUUCAAGUCUUUGCUGUUGCAUAAGCGAACCGCCAUCCAGCACGCGUACCGCCUGCUCAUCAGCCAGCGGAGUCCGGCCGGCAUCUCCUACAGGCAGUUUGAAGGCCUGAUGCGCUUCUACAAGCCCCGGAUGAACGCCUGGGAGCGCUACCUGACUUUCAAGGCCCUGAAUCAGAGCAACACCCCUCUGCUCAGCCUGAAGGACUUUUAUGAUAUCUAUGAAGUCACCGCCUUGAAGUGGAAGGCGAAGAAGAAUCGAGAACACUGGUUCGAUGAGCUUCCCCGGACAGCCUUCCUCAUCUUCAAAGGAGUUAACAUCCUGGUGAAGUCCAGAGCCUUUCAGUAUUUCAUGUACUUGGUGGUGGCAGUCAAUGGGGUCUGGGUCCUCGCCGAGACCUUCAUGCUGAGAGGUGGGAACUUCUUCUCCAAGCACGUGCCCUGGAGUUCCCUCGUCUUUCUUACUAUCUACGGGGUGGAGCUGUUCCUGAAGGUGGCCGGCCUGGGCCCCGUGGAGUACCUGUCCUCCGGCUGGAACCUGUUCGACUUCUCCGUCACAGCCUUCGCCUUCCUGGGCCUGCUGGCGCUGGCCUUCAACAUGGAGCCCUUCUACUUCAUCGUCGUCCUGCGUCCGCUCCAGCUGCUGAGGUUGUUCAAACUGAAAAAGCGCUACCGCAACGUGCUGGACACCAUGUUUGAGCUGCUGCCCCGGAUGGCCAGCCUGGGCCUCACCCUGCUCAUCUUCUACUACUCCUUCGCCAUCGUGGGCAUGGAGUUCUUCUGCGGGAUCCUCUACCCCAACUGCUGCAACACCAGCACCGUGGCGGACGCCUACCGCUGGCGCAACCGCACGGUGGGCAACAGGACGGUCGUGGAGGACGGCUACUAUUAUCUCAACAACUUCGACAACAUCCUGCGACAGGUUUGGUGA